AUGAAGCCACCUGAUGAGAAAGGGGUGGAGUACAGCUUCAGCUCAGGUCUCUCCGACAUCAAAUAUUGCUUGCAAUCAGUAAACCACACUGCCAAGUACCAGGAGAAUGGCCAAUGGGAUAGACCAGAUGGCGGGACAGGGUCUCGUGGCCAUUUGCCUGCUCAUCCUCAUCUACUACACUGUCCGGUGGUUCCCUUGCCCCUCAUCCACAGCCAGCAAGUCAGACACAAGUACUUCCUGCCCCUAGCCUAUGCAGUGUGGUUAUGGCUCUCAGUGUGGGCCUCCGCAUGUGAUGCUGAAGAACAAGAAGACCAAGAAGGCCCAGUGAAGGGCAGGCAGGGCUUAGCAAUCACAGAACUUGAAAGAAGAACCUUUGAUAAAACUUGGCUGCUUUUUUUUUUAAUCCAUAAAAUGCAGCUGCAUUUCCAGAAAGGCCAUGUUAACACGGGAAUGUAUAACUUUUACACAAAAGUUCUCACCAAACUUCAUUUGCAAUUGAUAGCCAAGAAACAAUUCUUUAAGCUAUUGUCAUUUAAUGCCGCACUUUGUGAAGACCUUGUCAUGAGUCCAGAAAGUUUAGCUGCCCUUGCCCAUAUUCUUCUGGGACCAGAAUUAUUAGUGAAAUUACUCUACCCAUAUCGACUCCACAAGCAUUUCUGCUGUUUGCUGCUUUAUCACAUCCCAGUCUACUUCUGUGGGCACACUGCUGACAUCCUCAAAGUUAAUGUGAGACCUCAGAAACAGGACAAGUUUCCAGAAAAACAGAGUCGCUGUGUGAAUAUAGAAUGGCAUCGAUUUCAGUUUGGACAAGAUCAGCUUCUCCUAGCCACAGGAUUGAACAAUGGCCGAAUCAAAAUCUGGGAUGUAUAUAUAGGAAAACUCCUCCUUAAUUUGGUGGAUCAUACUGAAGUGGUCAGAGACUUAACUUUUGCUCCAGAUGGAAGCUUGAUUCUAGUAUCAGCUUCAAGAGACAAAACUCUCCGAGUUUGGGACCUGAAAGAUGAUGGAAACCUGAUGAAAGUGUUGAGGGGACAUCAGAACUGGGUGUGCAGCUGUGCAUUUUCUCCUGACUCUUCUAUGCUGUGUUCAGUGGGAGCCAGUAAAGCAGUUUUCCUUUGGAAUAUUGAUAAAUAUACCAUGAUACGAAAACUAGAAGGACAUCACCAUGAUGUGGUAGCUUGUGACUUUUCUCCUGAUGGAGCAUUACUGGCUACUGCAUCUUAUGAUACUCGCGUUUAUAUCUGGGGCCCACAUAACGGGGACAUUCUGAUGGAACUUGGGCACCUGUUUCCCCCACCUACUCCAAUAUUUGCUGGAGGAGCAAAUGACCGCUGGGUACGAUCUGUAUCUUUUAGUCAUGAUGGACUUCAUAUUGCAAGCCUUGCUGAUGACAAAAUGGUGAGGUUCUGGAGGAUUGGUGAGGAUUGUCCAGUGCAUGUUGCAUCUUUGAGCAAUGGUCUUUGCUGUGCCUUUUCUACUGAUGGCAGUGUUUUAGCUGCUGGAACACAAGAUGGAAGUGUGUAUUUUUGGGCUACUCCAAAGCAAGUCCCUAGCCUUCAGCAUUUGUGUCGCAUGUCCAUCCGCAGAGUGAUGCCCACUCAAGAAGUCCAGGAGCUGCCAAUUCCUUCCAAAGUUUUGGAGUAUCUCUCCUAUCGUAUUUAAAAGACAGCCUUCCCUACUUGUAGGGACUGACAGAAUACAUUUUACACAAACCUCAAGCUUUACUUACUUACUUUUGUGUCUGGUAUUAAAAGUUUAAAAGAUUUAUUUAAUUUGAUACAUUCUUCUGCAUUUUCAUUAGUUGAACUUUUAAAAAAAUGUUAUUUAUAGACCAUAUGAAUAUUUCUGGACAUAUCAAAUGUAAUUUUUAAGACUGUGAAAACAUACACAUAUAUGUAUAUACUUAGACACAAGCUGCUAUGUGUUGAAUAGAUCCUUUUGCUUUUUUGAGUUCUGACCUGUAUAUAUUGCUUCAGUGGAGCCACGAUAUGCUGUCUUUUUAAAAUUUGGACACUGAGAUGAUAAUAUCGACUUAAUAAAAAGCUGAAUGACUUCAUAUAAAAUGAAUUGGGGGGGGUCAAACUGGCAAUUGGGACACAGUUAUUAUAUAUGGGGAAAGGACUUUGUUUCCUUUAGGAAUAGUGUGUCACAGUAGAAUUCAGAUGCAUUCCCCCCCUUUUUUAUGCUAGGAUAUACUAGAGAAAGGGUAUCUUUUCCCCCCACCCUGUCCCCAGUACUGUGGGCUUUAAUCUUAGAAAGCAGCUUACUUACCUUCCUUACCCCUUACAAAGUAUUACACAUUUUUUUGUCAAUUUGAAGAAUAUGCCUACUGUAUUACUGCUAAAUACUUUGUUUAUACUAAGGGACAAUUAUUUUAAGAACAUGGUUUGUUUUGUUAUAACACUCAGAAAAAUGAUAUUGGUAACUGGCCAAAGAGAAGCAAUAUCAAUAUUUGCAAUAGUGAUACUUGCCUUCUGUUAUUUAUCAUAUCUGCAGAUAUUAAGAAUGUAUACAUUAUGUAAAAUGCUUGAUUACAUAUUUGGGGUUUUUUAUUAAAGAUUUGUAAACACCAAAAAAA